UACUAGUAAAGAAUACAAUAUGGUUACUAGUCUGUUAAUUAAGGUUAAAUUUAAAAAAAUAUUUUAAUAUCGUUUUAUGGACUGAAACCUACAAAUGUCACAAGUGAUCACGAUGUACGAAAUACAUUGCCGCUCAAAAAUUAUUUGAAUUGAUUAAGUUGUGUGUUUAAUUUUUAUGUCAUUAUGUUAUUUUCAUAUUGGUGAGCACGAAAGAAUAUUUGUAUUCUAUUGUAUUUUAAGCUCUCGUGGUUAAGAGAAAAUUAAAAAUUUCUUUCAAAAUCGUUUCAUGGCACUAAAACCUACGUCACAGAGUUUGCUGUUAUAUCAAACAUACACCCAGUUGAAGACCUCUGCCACCAGGCGACAGCCACAUUCGUGAACAUACAUAGUUAAUGUAAUAGCAAAGAAUGUUAAUAGGUACCAAAGAAUGCAAUACUCACGUACGGUAGGUCCGCACUUAGGAUUGUCCUUUUUAGAAAACCUCGUAAGAGAUUUCUGGCAGUCAAUGUCAAAAGAAAAUUACCAAAGCAGCUUCUGUCAAAACUAACGCUUCGAUUUCAAAUCCUUAUGGCCUCCUGUUAAAAUCUACAGUUUACAACCGAAAUUUCUGUAAAAUCAGGUCGAAAUUUCUGUAAAAUGUGCGACAAUCAGAACGUGAAAGCGGAUCGCAUAAGAUGCGAGGCAUGUCGGACCAUAAACCUGGCGAAGGACGCGUACAUCCCCAAGCCGAGCAUGGAGCUGUACAACAAAUGCACCCCCGUGCGGAAACCGGACUGCGGGCGCAUUACAGAGCUCCCUCUAAACCCCACUUGCAUCAGAGUGUGCCCCAGACAUGAAGUCCUUGCCCGAAUGAAAGGGGAGCUACCGCCCAAGAUGUGUCCCGUACCCUAUGGUCAUGGAAAACUGAUGUAUGCCGUCAAGGCUGGGCUCCUAGUCGGUGCAGUUUACUUCACGUACACGCAAGGAGUGUGGGGCGACCAGCGCGACGUCACCGAGGCGAUCGCGCGGUGGCAGGAGUACAUACGCAGUAUGAACACUCGCCGCCCUCCUGUGUUCGACAAGUGCGGUCAUGUUAUCAAAAAAGAAAACCCGGAAAGUGUCAUCGCUCCAGCAUAUGCCUUGUAUAAAAACUUUGUCACAUUGUGUUUUGCAGGUAUUGUUAAGCUCCCUCAGAUUCUCAAAUGCCAAUACUUGGAGUACCUAAAAGCCAUUCAGAAGAAGAAACUGGACGAAAUCCGUGAAAGGAAACUUAGGAAACAAGGUUGAAGACAUUUAUUUGUGUGUAAAAAUUUUAAUAGGUGUAUAUUUUAGUACAAAAACAAUCGGUUGCCUAUGUCUUGGCGAAAACGUACCUAUUGCUGGCACCCUAAUGUUUAUACAUUUUCAACGGAAUAAUUUAAAGAAAAGUCAAACCUGGGUACCAACGACAAGUCUUAAAAAUCACUUUUGUAGUCUUACUUUUGUAAGUUACAUUUCAUGUUGAUAUACUUAGUAAGGAAUUAAAAUAUCGACAAACAAUAAAAUGGGCGCUGUACAGUAGCCAUCAGAUAUAUCGAAGCGGCCAAGGUGCUCACAAAUAUGUAAACACGCCUCUAUUGUCCAGGCGUUUGAGUGCGUGUUCAGAUAUUUUUGAGCAACUCGGCCGCUCCAAUAUAUCUGAACUGUACAGGCGUUAUCUUUAAAUAUCGUGAAGUUUUAUAACAUUCAGUUCGGUAAAACAAAUUA